GACACAACUAAUUGACCCAAACAAUAAUAGCAAAAUUGAGCUCCCCUGCCAUUUGUUCUCCAUCCCAGUUCCCCCGGCAAACACACUCGGUUCUCCCGUGCCUCUCGCCGUCUCGCGUCGCAACGACUGGCCGGCCGCCGCCGCCACCGCCGACCUACGUGCCAAGGUCCGCAUAUUCGGAACCUUCGCCGGCGAGCACCCACCAGGAUUUUUUUUGUACAUCUAAGAUGUACAGGGCCUCGAAUUUCAUACCUGAUCCUAAUCAGGUGCUCCUAGAUGCCAAACCAUUAAGAUCGUUAGCUCCAAUGUUCCCUGCCCCCAUGGGAGUCAAUGUUAAUCAGUCAAGUACACCACCAUUGGUCUGUGUCACUCCGGUUGGUCAAUUUUCAGCAGGGUUUGGUGCAGGUAACCUUCCUGCCUUUGGAUCGUUCACUACUUUCAGUGCCACUUCAAAUGGUGUUUCUUAUGCAGGCACCAGUGCUAAUGGUGCCAUUGAUGCCACCCCUAUCUCUGCAUACAAAACAAGGUCAAACAUAUCACUUGAUGGUGAUGAUGAUCCUUACUCGGGUAACCAAACUGAACGGAAGCCUAGGAGAGGCCGACCUCCCGGUUCUGGUCGUGAUGGCUCAAAUGGUAAGUUAAAGCGCCCUAAGCCCACUUACAAGAAUUUUGUUGCUGGCAAAGAGCUUGCCUUUCUGGCAGCUUCAUCCGAUCCCAGGGAUAUCGUGGAAGCAGUUCACAUGACCUUUGAGGCACUCCGGCGAAGACAUCUGCAGAUGGAUGAAACACAGGACGCUAGCAGGCGUGCAGACCUGAAGGCUGGUGCCAUCAUGAUGGCAAGUAACAUCAGGGCAAAUUCGGGCAAGAGGGUAGGAACUGUCCCUGGAGUUGAAAUAGGAGAUAUUUUCUAUUUCAGGAUGGAGCUGUGUGUCAUUGGAUUGCAUGCACCUAGUAUGGGAGGCAUUGAUUACAUGACUAGUAAAUUUGGAAACGAUGAGGAUUCUGUAGCCAUAUGUAUCGUUUCCGCAGGAGGUUAUGAGAAUGAUGAUGAUGACACAGAUGUGCUGGUAUACAGUGGUCAAGGGGGAAAUAGUAGGAAUACUGAGGAGAGGCAAGACCAGAAGCUUGAGAGGGGUAACCUAGCUCUUGAGAGGAGUUUGCAUAGGAAGAAUGAGAUAAGGGUUGUACGUGGCUUCAAGGAUCCAUUUUGCCUAACUGGGAAAAUUUACAUAUAUGAUGGCCUGUACAAAAUUCAUGAGUCCUGGAAGGAGAAAACAAGGUCUGGUAUCAAUUGCUUCAAGUACAAGCUGCUGCGUGAACCUGGACAGCGUGAUGGAGCUGCAUUAUGGAAGAUGACUCAGAAAUGGAUAGAUGAUCCUGCUACCAGAGGCAGGGUUCUACUAGCUGAUCUGUCAUCUAAGGCUGAAACUAUUCCAGUUUCUCUUGUCAAUGAGGUUGACCAUGAGAAAGGACCUGCACAUUUCACCUAUACUAACCAGGUCAAAUACGUGAGGCCUCUCAGUUCUAUGAAAAAGCUGCAGGGCUGUGGAUGCCAGAGUGUUUGCCUGCCCGGUGAUGCCAGUUGUGCUUGUGGACAACAUAAUGGAGGUGAUUUACCCUACAGUUCAUUAGGAUUAUUGUCAUGCCGCAAACCGAUGAUCUAUGAAUGUGGUGAAUCUUGCAACUGUUCUACAAAUUGCCGGAACAGAGUGACCCAAAAAGGGCCCAGGCUACAUUUUGAGGUCUUCAGGACCACCAAUCGAGGCUGGGGUCUUCGUUGCUGGGAACCUGUUCGUGCUGGUUCAUUUAUAUGUGAGUAUGCUGGUGAGGUCAUUGAUGAACUCAAAGUUAAUUUGAAUGACACCGAAGAUGAUUACAUUUUUCAAACUGUAUGCCCUGGUGAGAAGACUUUAAAAUGGAAUUGUGGACCUGAACUAUUAGGUGAAGCUAGCACAUAUGUAUCGGCUGAUGAAUUUGAGCCACUGCCUAUCAAGAUAAGUGCAAAAAACAUGGGAAAUGUCUCCCGUUUCAUGAACCACAGUUGCUCACCCAAUGUCUUCUGGCAACCUGUUCAAUAUGAUCAUGGAGAUGAUGGACACCCACAUAUAAUGUUCUUUGCACUGAAACAUAUUCCACCCAUGACAGAACUGACUUAUGACUAUGGUGUUGCUGGAGCUGAAUCUAGUGGUUCAGGCUCUCGUAGAACGAAGAACUGCAUGUGUGGAUCACAAAACUGCCGUGGACUAUUUUGAUGGGUUAAGAUCCUUGCUCUUUGUGGUUAAUCAUACAAACCACUUUCAGCUAGAUCCUUUCUUAGUCUCCGGAUGAUAUGAGUAUGACUGAUGAUUCCAAUUGCUGCCAUGUGUACUGUGAAGACAGCAAGUUGUUGUCAAACUGUAGAAUUUCUGUUGCCCUGCACGGCAUGGUGGCCGUUCUCCCACCAUUUGUUCAAAUAUUUAUGGGGGUGUGGAUUGAUGUAUUUCUUCUGCUAAUCUUGUCCACCAGCUGCACCGGUCUGUGUAAACUUGUUAUGAUCCCUGUUUGCUCUGGACGCCUGGUUGUUUAACCGUGACUCCUUGGAUCUGGUCAUGUAAAUUAUCCUGGUUUAGGAUUAUGUUGCUUUUGACUCGAA